AUGGGGAAGAAGAAGGACAAGGCCGAGUACAACGACUUCCUGGAUGGCGAGAAGCUCCGCGACAACGCCGAUGUCCGGACCACAUUACAAGGAAGCAACGCGUUAACAGGCGAUGUCUCACCGCCACCGCCGCGCCGAGACAAGAAGGGGAGAGGGAAGAAGGGCAAAGGUGGGCCGAAGAAACCGCCGCUGACGCAUUUUCUUUGCCUGCCCCUGGUCAGUGACAAGAGCGCGGAGCAACUGGAAGCGAGUCUGGAGAAGCUGAGGGAUGAGCUGCGGAGAACCGAGCUCGUGCCGCUGGAAGCUGUCAGGCCGGUUGGAACGCUGCAUCUCACGCUGGGCGUCAUGUCUCUGGACGCUGAGCGCUUGGGAGCAGCGAAUCAGUGUCUACAGGGUUUCGACAUCCGCAGUCUCCUCCGAGACAUCGGCGCCCAGAAGCUCGCUGAGAAGGCCGCGGAAGCAGGCACCAUCUCUGAGAAUCUCGGUGCCGCCGCGUUUCCAGACACAGAGGCUCUGGCUAUUGACCUCAAGUCCCUGGUCCCGAUGCAGGCACCGCACAAGACUAGCAUAUUGUACGCGGAGCCGAGAGAUGCGUCGCAGAGACUGUAUCCGUUCGGUGUAGCGCUGAGGGACUAUUUCAGGGAGAAGGGGUUCUUGGUGGAGGAUAAGCGGGCGUUGAAGUUGCACGCUACGAUUGUGAAUACGAUUUAUGCGAAGUCCGCUGGGAGGAGUGGGAGGGGGAGGGGGAAAGCGGGGAAGCAUAAGGAGAAACAUGUCGAAGAGUCCGCGGAGUCACCCUCCACUGGCGAAACAGAAGCAAAAGCCGCGGAAGAACACAUUAUUCGCUCACAAGGGCAUGGGCCGAACGCGAAGAGCUGGAUGCGAUUUGAUGCGCGGGAGCUGGUUGAGCGAUGCAAAGACUUUGUUUUGGCGGAGGGGGUCGUGAUUGAUAGGGUCCAGAUCUGCAAGAUGGGGGCGAAGAAGAUUCUGAGAGAGGAUGGGGAAGUGGUGGGUGAGGAGUAUGAGGUUGUGGCCGAGAAGGUCAUAUAA